AUGUCGCUCAACGCACAACUAGCUGCUUUUAAGAAAGAGCAGGCCACGGUCGCUUCUCGCAAUGUCGCCUACUCUCGACCAGCGUCCAGCACUCCCGCCCGUACCUCCACCCCCCAACCCACCGCAUCGAACGACACCGCGAAGCGCACGCACGGAGACGCAUUCAGCCAAGGCGCGGCUCCCGCUGGUAGGAGCGAGAUGCUUUCGCAGGUCAACUUUGCCCGUGGCAGGCUGAAGGAGAAGAUCACGGAAACGAAGUCAUUUGACGAAAUCAUAUCCUUCCUGUCCCUACCCAACGACGCCAAAAAGAGCAUUCCGCUGAUCAAAGAGGCGCUCAAGGGUGAUCAAUAUAUCGAGUGGAUACCUGCAACGACGACAACCAAGGAGACGUUCAAGUACAGGCCAAUUCAUCCCGUGUCGAAUGCCGAGGAGCUGAAAGACUACCUUGCGAAACGGACCUCUGCUCAGGGAAUUUUAGUCAAAGAACUCAAAGAUGGCUGGCCAGACUGCGUUGCUACUAUCGACGAGCUGGAGAAGGAGCGCUUUGUUUUGGUGACGCGCAACAAGAAAGACAACUCCCCGAAGAUGGUUUAUCCGGACUCUCCGCUAUUCCAUCUCAAAGUCGACCAGGACUUCAAGGACUACUGGUUAAAGACGAAAGUGCCGACUACAGAUAUCGAAAUUCGAAACGAGCUCGAGAAGGCCGGCAUCACACCCACCAGUCAAGUGAAGGAGAACACCAAGGGUAACAUGAAGAAGGGUCCUCGCAAGCGGCCAAAUCGCAGGGGCGGCAAGACCACGAACCAGCACAUGGCUGGAAUUCUCAAGGACUACUCGAAGAGAUGA